AUGACCUCGGACGGUCAGGCCUUCACCACCGUCGUCACCUUUACGACUGUCAUCCAGCCCGGGACGGUGAUUUCGACGUCGCCCAAGGCGCUCAGUAGUGGGCAUGGGACAGAUGUAGGUCCGAUUGUCGGGGGUGUUGUUGGAGGCGUCGCAGGUCUCGCUGUGCUCAUAGCAUUCCUCCUCUUCCUCCUCCGGCGGCGUCGCACCAAAAACGAGUUUGAUGGAAACUUUGACCCCGCGUACGUCUCUGGUCGUGCAGGCGGCGUUGAAGGUGGUGGAGGUACAUUACCACGGAUACCACUAAGCGAUGAAGAUUUGGGUGAUGAUGGGAUGGGUGGACGGUUGAAUUCCGGUGUGAGUGGAGGAGGGAUUAUUUCGCCGUAUGCGUAUAAUCCAAAUGCGAAUGCGGGUGGAGGAGGGGGGAUGAGUCAGGUGCAGCCUUUGUUGGCGGGAGCUGCGGUGGGUGCAGGUGCAGCAGCGUAUGGUCAUCAUCAUCAACAUCACAACCAAGGAAACGCAGGUCCUGGCGCGCGCACGUCGUCAUCGUACUACCCUGCAACUGCGACCUCGGAGGGCGGCCAUGGUGGUGUUGGUGCGCAGCCGCCGACGCCGACGAGCGAUGUGUACACUGCGUCUUCAGGGUCGUACUACCCGAACAACGUAAACCCCUAUGCACCGCCUGUUGGACGCGGCCCGUCGCCUGGCCAGAGCGCCGCACCGAGUAUACUGAGCUCGUCGGAACACUCGUCUGCUGGGUAUGGUGCAGGCGGUGUGGGUGCUGCCGGUGUGUAUAACCCGCGCAGCGCGAAGGAGAUCGAGGCACUGGGACUCCGAGCACAACAGCAACAGCAGUACCGACCGCACGUCAUGAACCCGGACGAUCCUAUGCAGGCGAGGCACAAUGCGUAUUUGCAGUAUGGGCCUGGCGGUGUUCCGCAGCAACAGAUGUCGUUUGGGGCAGCUGGUGCGUCUUCGUCGGGGCAGGAACAGGGUCAGGUGCUUCCUGAUAUGCUGAGGCCUGGUGCGGGAUCGCCUGUACAUGGGGAUGCGCAUGGGCGGUCGACGUCUGUGAGCUCGAGUGCGGGUGCUGCGGGCUCGGCUGUUGUGGUGCAUCAGGACGGGGGCCGGGUUGUGAUGCGCAAAGGGGAAGCUGUGAGAGAGGGCGAGGGCGAGGAUGAGGUCGACGAGGCGGGGAGGAUGAAGGAGAUCCCGCCGACGUACGAUAGUUUGGUUGGGGCGGGGGUGAAAGGGCGGGAAGAGGAAGAGGGUCGCAGUCGGUGA